GUCGCAGCUUCGAUUUGCACUUCGACCACUACUUCGAUAUCUGCACCGGUCCCACUACCGAUUUCAAGCCUCUCAAAUCAAUAUCGCAGCAGGAACCAUUUUCUCUUCCAGAGCCGAUUACAUACUCCGGGCCUCGUAUUAUCAAAGCACGGCACUAUUCCGCAUCGAGCACUCAUCCGGGGAGCUUUACAUUUUCGCGAACCUUACUCAUCUAUCCAUCAGCAGCCGCCCUGAUAGUCCCCCUUUGCGCUGCCAGCAGCACUUUCGCAUCCCGCUGCUGCGACUGUGGAGGGCACCUUCUCGGAUGAAAGCUAGCCUUUAUGCCGGACCAGGCCAAACGAACAACCUCACGAGACUUCGCAUUUCAAAGCACUGACCAAUCCUUCACCCACCAGCUCGGCGGAGCUGAAGGAGCUCCGCAAUCCGCAUAUCAUCCCCAAACACACGAGCGCUAUGAUGUGGAGAGCGCUACAAAUUCUGGAGGGGGAUCGGCGACAUCGAAUCUGGCAGCUGCGCCGGACUCUUCUUUGAGAUUUGCGGAAUACGGCGCGCAGCAGAGCUCCGUCCCACCGCACGCAGCUUCUGGACAGUAUCCCGGCUACAGCUUCAGUCCGGGAGGACCGCUGGUUUGGGACUGGGGCAACUCAAUUGACUUCCCGGACUUCACGAACCACUACGAACCGCAAGGGGAGCUUGUGCAGGAGCUCCAGAAUCCGAACGUGCCCGCGAGCGAUUUCAGCAUUCCCCUCCCGGUCACGAAUGCAGAGACGGCAUACCAGUCGCCACAGCAGGUAGCAAGCUCGCAUUCGACGACUGUACAGAAUCCGCUCUCCCCGCCUCCUAGGCCGCCGCAGAAGCCUUCGGUCCAGACGGGCAUGAAGAGGAAAGCUGAAUCUGAACCUAGUUCCGCCGUAUCGCAAACCGCCAGCAACUUUGGAGAGCCUCAGCCGAACCCACCAAAGCGCGCGAACAAGUCGCGAUCCUCGUCUUCAGCUUCUGCCGCCACCUCUCCCGUUGUUGCGACCGCGUCCGACGCGCAAGUACCGCCAAUGACCCAGAAGGUUUCCGCACCGGCGGCCACCGAAAGCGCACCCCAAGCUGCGUCGAAUACAAGUACUGAGAUUCAGAAGCGGAAGGAGCCUAGCAAAGGCACCGGCCCGCAAGGACGAGUCAUCGAUGUCUCGAAACCAAGAAGGAUAGUGGAAUCACCAAGCGGAGCAGAGAUUCUUCCCGCGGGGAAGGUGUUUCCAAUACAGAUUGGGUCGGAGCUAUUCAGAUUAUCAGGAGCUUCGCUAUCGUCUGAUGCACCCUCAUACUUCUCGCAUUUCUUUGGGGAGCAAUUGCACAGCAAUGGCGGCCGCGCUCCUGGUGACCUGAGGACAUUAUACAUCGAUCGCGAUCCAGACACUUUCCGCGACAUUGCAUUGCACCUGCAGGGUUAUCACAUCAAUCCCCGCGAUGGCGAGCACUUUGUGCGCUUGUUUGCCGACGCCCAGUUCUACUCACUGCCCCGUCUCACCAAACAGCUAUUUAGCACCGAUAUCUUUAUCCGCAUUGGCGGCGUGCCUUUCCAGAUCCCACGUGAUCUUUUCUCCUCGCCUGGCGACAGCCCGAACUACUUCUCGCUUGGAUUCGCGCAAUUCUUUUCGACGCCGACUGAAGUCUUCCCUGGGCUUGAUCGCAAUGCGCUGCUUCGCCCACCCUCGAUAUCACCUCCUACGGUGCCGAACAGAAGCGGAGAGACCUUCGCAGAGCUUGUGAAGUUACUUCAGGGCUACAAUAUUGACAUUAGAAAUGACGCACAUCGAUCGCAGCUGUUGAGAGAUGCGCGAUAUUUCCACCUUAGGGGGCUUGAACAGAAGCUUAUACCCUGCGAAAUCUCGUACAAUCUGAGGAGGAGUCAAUCGGAGAUCCUGAUACGGCUAGAAGAUGUACGACAGUCUGGCAUAUCAUUCAGACCAGAUACUUCAACAAGCAAUUCGAGCUCCGGAUCGGGGUCAGCCGCCCCAUCCGCUUCAGGACUGUCACCCGCACCUACAAGCAAGCCUGCCAGUCCCGCGCCUUCCCUUGGGGGCCCUCAGUUUCGACCUGGCACUGUCUCCUACGCGCGGCCAUAUACAGAUGAUCAUUCGAACACAAAUAUCCUUAUCCUCGAGGUCUCAACGUCUGAGUCCACCACCCUUCAUCUCCCCAUCGAUCCUACUAAACCCCGGUCCGACUCUGAACCUCUCACUCUCAAUCUGAGGGCAACAUUCCACGGCAGCACCCUUGCUCGGAUCACAUCGCUCUUCUCCGUCAUAGCUUCGAAAAUGGGCUUGCCUGCUACACAGCCUUUGGGCCUUAUGAUGCUCCAAUCAGGCGGUGGCGUCGCAGCUCAGCCUGUCUCGCCCGCUAAUUCAGGCGUCAGUGAGCGACGCGUCCGCGUGAGAAUAUCCUCAGACUGCUACAUGGACAUCGACGACAUGCCUGCCGAGCUUAGCGUUGACCCUGAAUCUGGACGCUUGGGCAUUAAACGCGUCCUUGCAGACCGCCCGUCAAAACGCGUAAGAGUGUCCGAUGACUACUCGGAGAAUGACGACGUUGAGAAUAGCGAGUGGAUAUGGGGCGGCGCGAGAGAUGUUGAAGUGCGUAUUGGGAAGGAUGGGGAGGAGCAGCAAGAGGACUUGGUGGUUAAGAAAGCGCAUUGGCGGGUGAGGGUCGAGCCGGUGGAAGGCGAGCGUGGGAAGAUGCAGGUCGUGCUCUGCGGAGUCAGGAUCGCGGGGUAUAGCAGGGAGAGGAGUCGGAAUCGAUCGAGAGGGUUCUUAGGGAGGCCUUGAGGAGAACGUAACACAAGAGGAAAGGAGUUCCUGCAUACUGUGGUUGCAGAGGGAAGUUUUGUCAACUUGGCAAUCACACGCUCAGGCCAAGAACGCUGACGUAUAAUGCCUGAUUGGCCAAAUCAGCCCUCACUGGC